AUGAUUAUAUCCACCGAGAAAAUUCCGCGUCGUGAGUUAUCAUGUGAUACGGGACUAGGACCUUCGUUGAUGCACAGUGCACGUAACGAGAGUGGUUCCGAUGUGAGUCGAUGGAGUGGUCAAUCGAUCGAAUCGAACAGAACAUUCAGCUCCGGUGAUUGUGCCACGGACCACGGUCUGAUCCCAUCUUCGUCUUCGUCAUCAGCAUCAAAUGCAGAUGGCGGUUCACCUAACUCGAUUCCGUUCCCAUCCGUCCCGUGCAACUCAACAAACUCGAACGGGACGAGUCGAGUGAUUCGCGUGUACUAUCCGGACGAGCAAGAUGGCUGUGAAAAAAGCCAGAAUGACCCGUUCCUACUAACACGACCCAAUUCACUUUUGCCAGCCGCUUCCUCCCGUCCCCAAUUGGCCCCUAGGAUUACUGUACAGCCGGCUUUGAACCGUCCAGGACCGGGUAGUUCAACAUCCAAGUGUUCCGAUCAACUGAAAUUGCAUUGUUCACGUUUGCCGGCCUACCACCAGGAAUCUUCUGUGUCAUACCGACGUGAAUUGUCCGCGGGCAAGGAAUAUCAAAAUCCGCUUGACGUUCAGCUGAUUCCAGCACAUCAAUCAACUCGUGAUCGGGAUAUAAUCAUGAGUACCAAUCCUCAUUUGUCCUCAACUGCAAUCGCAGUCGGCUAUGAAGAUCAUCCACUUCCUUACGAAUUUCAUCCGCCCCGAGGGGAACAGGGCACACAGACUAAUCGCGUUGCUUACGCCUUUCUGCCCAAACUGCCCGGUACAGUUAGCGCGGCCUGGUCCGGUCGACCGGGAGCACGGACACCCGAGCCGGGUCAUGUGAUCCGUCAAUCUCAACGAGUGAUACCGCCGCCGUGUGAAUAUGAUUUGUCCUCAAGUCCGGGUUCGCUCUCCAUCACCCCUAGAACACAAUCAGUUCAACCGGUUAGAAGCACAGCGGUCAGUCCGGUGUGUGCAAAUCGAUCUACCUGUACACUGAUGGAAGGACGUAUGCUUGUGCACAGUCGUUCCGGGGAGCUAAUCACUUGUCGACCAAUGCUGGAGCGGAAAAAUAUGAUGAAAUCUUCAUCUGGUCUACUAUCGUCCACAUCUAACUGGAUAGAUGUACAUAUGGCUAUAACUGCUUACCUUUUGUCUUUCCACACAACGGUGUGCAAUGAUCCACUGCGCUAUCGUGUAGAUUUGCCUAUUUUAGUUCCUUAUUUCAACUUUCGCAAACACAAACCUGAUCUAAAUUGCUGUAUUAUUUGUCAAUCUGAUGCUGUUAUCCUUUUACUUGCCUUAAAUGUUUACAACAUGCUCCUAUAUGUGCCUGCUAACUCUCAUGGCUUUGCUACUAUUGCUGGUGGUGGCGGUGGCGGUGGCCAGUGCGAUCAAACACCAUUCCCGAACGAAUUCAUAAUGGCCAAAAACCGCAAUAAAGUAAUUUAA